AUGUUACUUCGAAAUGUUUGUAUUGAACUGGUGGAUGUGGAUGGUAGGGAUAUUGUCAAUGAUAUGGCGAAGUUUCAAACCACCAAUGAGUUUGGUGAACGAGUUAGAUGUAGUUACUAUGAAUUGUUAGCCAAUUUAUCUCAUCAUCAAUAUAUCGAUAAUUUGGGGGAUGUGGUUGAUGAUAGCUUGCCCUAUGCUGUGGCAGUGAGCAAUAAUGUUGAUAAGGAUGUUGGAAGAAUGUUUGAGGACGAUUUGGUCGUACAAUACCUCUUUGAUUGUAAAUUCGAUGACAUGAAUGAGAUAGAAUCCAAGAUAUUCAAUUGCUUAGAGAAGAUAAUAGUUCAUGAAAGUUUUGGGAAAUGGUUUGUUACACAAAAAGACCAAUUGAAACUUUUGAAGGUUGUUCAGUUGAUAGUACCGGAGAAAUCCUGGGAUAAUUAUGAAUUAAUUGGAUUACUCAGUUGGCUUCAUCCAUUAUUGGUAAAAUUGUCUGAAGACACCAUUGAUUCAUUCCAUAAGAAAGAUUACGUCACCCUUGAAACCAUCCAUCCAAAAUUGGUGGUGGUAGUUGAUUGUUUGAGUGAAUUGGGGAAGUUCAAUAUCGCUAAAGAUUUCAUGAUCAAUUAUAACUUCCUAGAUACCCUUAUACCACUCCUCGGCACCAUCCAUGUAGAGAUCAAGCCUAAGAACAUGAUGAAGAAGAUCUCGUCUGUUGUCAGUUUCCCCCAUAUCAAAUCAAUGAUCAUUGAAAUCAUCUCUUAUUUGAGUUACGAGAACUUUGAAGUCCAAGAGAAGGUCAGACAGUUGGGAGGAUUACAAGUGAUCUUGUCUAAUUGUGUUAUAGAUGAUGAUAAUCCUUACAUCAAGGAGAGGUCCAUCAUAGCGUUGAAAUUUCUACUUGCUGGGAAUAGUUCGAAUCAGAAGAUUGUGGGGGAUUUGGAAGCUAAGAAGGCGGUGGAUAAUGAUGUUUUGGAACAGGUUGGGUAUGAGGUUGAGGUGGAUAAUGGGGAGAUUAAGAUGAAGAGGAGGUAG